GUUGGUUCAAUGGGGUAUUAUAUGUUUGUGACGAAUAUGCCCCGGUGCUCUCGUUUUCUGUAGCUGCGUCCCAUCGCAUCACACAGAGACACACAGAAUCAGAGGAAAGGGAACGUACGAUAUGGAUAGGGUCUUCUCAGUCGACGAAAUCUCCGAUCACUUCUGGUCGCCGCCGAUCCCUGUCUCCGGCGCCGAUGAUUCCUCUAAGAUGAGUCGCAGCGCUUCUGAGUGGGCCUUUCAGCGCUUCCUCCAGGAAGCUUCAGCUUCCGCACCCUCUCCCCCUUCUUCCUCCUCCGCCGCCGACGACGUCGUUUUCGUCGAGAUCAACGAUCAAGCUAAACCCCCUCCCAAAAACGGCGCCGUUUUGCCCAAUGCCCCUGCACCCGUUCCCCUUGACUCUGAGGAAUACCAAGCUUUCCUCAAAAACCAACUCAAUCUUGCAUGCGCCGCCGUCGCCCUGACUAGGCAGGGGUCUUUGACUAAAUCUCAAGAUCCAACCACAUUUCCUGAGGGUGGAUCACAGCCGUCUAAUGCUUCUCAAGUUGGAUCUCAGCCUACUUCUAAAGCAUCUGUUCCUUCUGGAAAUGAUCCAUCCAAGUUACAAGAUAAAGAUACCAAAGUACCAGUUGGGAUUCCUUCCUUACCUACCUUGCAAAAGAAACCUGCUGUUGCAAUCAGGCCAUCAACUAGUGGAUCAUCGAGAGAGCAGUCAGAUGAUGAGGAUGCUGAGGGAGAGACAUCUAUGAAUGACAACUUGGACCCUGCUGAUGCAAAACGAGUAAGGAGGAUGCUUUCCAAUAGGGAGUCAGCAAGACGCUCAAGAAGACGAAAGCAAGCUCAUUUAACUGAGCUGGAAACACAGGUUUCUCAACUAAGAGGUGAAAAUUCUUCCUUGUUAAAGCGCCUUACUGAUGUAAGCCAGAAAUACAAUGACUCUGCUGUCGACAACAGAGUUUUAAAAGCUGAUGUUGAAACAUUAAGAGCAAAGGUGAAGAUGGCUGAAGAGACUGUCAAAAGAAUUACUGGGUUGAACCCUAUGUUUCAUGCCAUGUCUGAUAUAUCAACAAUGGGUAUGCCAUCAUUUGAUGGAAGCCCUUCAGACACCUCAGCUGAUGCAGCUGUUCCUGUGCAAGAUGAUCCCAGUCAUCACUUCUAUCAACCAACAUCUAACAAUCCUAUUCCCAGUCAUGAUCUGAGAGUGGGGGACAUUUCUUCAAUUGAAAAUGUGCAGCAGAAUGCCGCAGCAGCGGUAGCUGGGAACAAUAUCGGUCAAACAGCUUCCCUGCAGCGGGUGGCUAGCUUGGAACAUCUUCAGAAGCGGAUUCGUGGUGGUGUGGAUUCGUGUGGACCUCCAUCUAAUGGGGAGCAGUAAUGAAGUAGCCAAAUCUCAUGGAUGCUUCAUCAAGAAAUUAUUCUAAAACCCUUAUUUCUGUUGUAAGGAAAGGUCUAUUUUUCUUGAAUACAUUGUAAAUCAAUUUGAUGGAACACAUGACGCUAGAUUAAAACAGUGCACCAAAAUAUCUUUUUCCUUAAAAAAGAAGAUAAAAUAAAAUUUACCCCCUUUUAGUUUAACAAUUUCUUAACUAAAUCCCCACGAUUUUUUCUCAGUAAAUUCCGGGGCGUUGUUGGAUUUGGUUUUACGUGAAGCUUGCUUUUGAUUUUUGUUGUUGUUGAAACAGCCGAAAAAUUCACAGAUUUUGCUCAUUACCGCUUAUAAAAUCUACUAUUGUUUGGUUGCUAGAACACGAAGGUUAUGCAACUUCCUUGGAGCGAGUUGAACCUAGUGAUCGCGUCUAAGGUGGACGGAAGGAUUUAUCACCAUGAGUUACUCAUGGCGAGUUAAAACUGUUACUUUUGUAACGAGGAAUGUCAAGGCCCCGUCACCAUUGAGCCAUAUGAUGGUAACCCCUACCAUAAACUUCACAAUAUUUUUGCUUUACAUAGUCACUGUCCUGCCUUACAUGCCUCUCAAUCAAAUCAACUCAUUGACCACCUUCAUUCGAGCUGUUCUUCCAUUCAUUAGCUGAUAAAAAAAUUAUAUUAAAACAUUUAUUGUUAUCUUAACACGUGUAAACUAUAGCAUCAUCAAGAUUAACUUUUACUGUUUAGAAUUUAAUUCAUCAUCUUCAAGUCACACUUAUAUAAUAGAUUGUGUUCAUAUCAAUAUCAACUUUAUUAUUAACAACUCAAGAUUUUAUAUUCAAAUGAAGUUUAAAUACUAGACAUGAAUACAUGCAUAUAUACAAAAGAAAAUAGUAAGAUAAAUUUCAAGUAGUCCAUAUUAUUGUUUUACAUAGUCACUGUCUUGCCUUACAUUUUCAUAAUGCCUCUCAACCAAAUCAACUCAUAGACCAUCUUUAUUCGGUCUAUUCUUUCACUCAUUAGCUGAUAGAAAAAUUAUACUGAAACUUUUAUUGUUAACUUUUAUUGUUAUCCUAACCUGUGUAAACUGUAACAUCAUCAAAACUAUUAUGUUGAAAUUAGUAUAAACUGUAGCAUCAUCAAGACUAAUUUUUAUUAUUUAGAAUUCAAUGCAUCAUCUUUAAAUCACACCUAUGUAAUAGAUUGUGCUCAUAUCAAUAUUAGCUUCAUUACUAACAACUGAAGAUUUUAUAUUCAAAUGAAGUUCAAAUACUAAAUAUGAAUACAUGCAUAUAU